AGACUCAUUCUUAAUCCGUAUAUAUUUCUUUAUAUUCAUUAAUUUUCUAUCCAAAUCCUAAAUUAUAUUCACAUUGAAUUAGUCCUAUUUUUUAAUAUAUAUAUAUAUAUAUAUAUAUAUUAUUUAUAUUGUGUGAAAGUAUCUUAUUAGGAAAGGAAUUAAGUUCACUUAUAUUAACUCAACUAGAACUACUCGCUUUUCUAGUUCUUUUAAAUUUGACAAGUGAGAUUAAAAUGGUAAUUAAUGAUUUUUUUAAUAAAAAUAGAAAAUUAUCUAAAAUUAUUUAUUUUAGUAACUAAGAGACGCUUUCUAAUAAUAAAUUUAUUUUAUUUUAUUUUUAGUAGGGUUUUAAUAAGCAUAUUCUAGGGUUUUUGGCCUUUUUUUUUUUUUUUUUGGGAUUUAUUUUCCUAUUCUUCUACCCUUUUCGGUAUUUUAACUCUCAUGCCUCUCUCCGGCUGCCGCCCCCCUCUCCGACGGCCGAGGCCUUCACCAGAGUGAUGGCGUCGCCCUCCGAAUCCGAGACAAGCAUCGCCCUCUUCCUCCGCAAGACUCUUCGCGCCGUGCUCUCUUCCCGCAUACCCCGCCUCCGGCCCGGCCCCCGCCCUUCCGCCGACCGACGCUUUCUCCUCGACCUAGGCGACCUCCCCGCCCCGAUCGAGCACCAUGGAACCUUCUCGGACCCCUUGGUCGUUGACAUCCUCCUCACCCCGCGCGGGGAGGACGCAGAGGCCGGCGCCUGCGAGAGCGUCGUCGAGCGCUGGACCGCGCAGUGCGUGCCCUGGAACGCCGCCGUCCCGCACCAAAGUCGAUAUAGCUCGUUCCAACCCUGGACCUAUAGCGGUUCGGCGAUUCUGCUUAGAUCCAUCAUCGCGCUUCUGCGGCUCCUCCCUGCUCAUCGGAUCUUCCGCCUUUUGUGCUCCGUCGGCCAGCGUUGCAACUACGAUCUCGGAUAUCGAGUCUCCUCCUUUGCGGCACCAUUUUCCAGGGCGGAAGAGGCGAACUUGAAGAAGUAUAGCUUCGCACCGGUCGACACCCUCGCUGGCCAGCUGACCGUUUCGGUGCAGUACCGACCUAGCCUCUCUGGUUGCGGCCUCGUGAACUCCUCCCAUACGCCGCCGAUGAUCAUAUCCGAUUACAUCGGCAGUCCGGCCGCCGAUCCCAUUAGGACUUUCCCUGCUACGCUGCCUGAUUGGGCGUCUCUCCCCAAUACGUCCCAGCAUUCAUCUAGGGUCAUCCGGCCAUUGGCGGCGGUGACUCCAUGCGAUCGCCCACAUACCUGGAACACUGCGCCGAUGGCACAUCACCCUCUCAAUCCCACGCGGGAUCGGAUUGGUGAAGUAGGACCGUCGCCGUCCGAGCAUUACUUCCGCCCGGUGCCGAACCGGAGGCAGCUAAGCGAUAUGAAGGGAAAUUUCAAUUUUGAUGAUGUUCGUGUCUCCCUGCCGUCCUCUUCGCCUCCAACACUUGGUGGCCAUUGCCUACAAUCCAGAUUGCACAUGGAAACAACACCGAGGAGCAUACCUUCAGAUACUGUCAAGAACCUUUUGCCACCUCUAUCUCCUAGAAGCGCAAGGCCUGAAUCUUCGAGCCAGGAGUCUCCUUGGAAAAGUACUUCUUUGAGGAAGUCAGAAGGGAAGAGUGCAAGAGACAUCUACUCAAACUUGCAUACGCACGCCGCAAAUAAGGGUGUUAAGGAUGGUCGGGAUGAUUCGGGAAGAUAUUCAACUUUGCCUUAUGGUGGUUCAAAUAGGCAUGGGUUUUCAAGAAGCUCAAGACGAUUCUCAAUGCAGGAUGAUCCUGACGAUACUGAUUUCUCUUGCCCAUUUGCUGUAAAUGAUGAUGCCACAUCAGAUUCUCAUACAAGUUGUGAAUUCUAAUCUGAUGGAACGUUGCCAAAAGUUAUGGAAUACAGAAUUCUAAGUUGUGAAUUCUGUCAUGUGCUCAAAUUCAAUCAGUUUGCGGGAACGAAAGUCAUGUUGAUGCUUGAUCUUCGGUAUAGAAGGUGUUUUGAAGGAAUCAAGGCAAGUAUUUAAGAUAUCAACAUAAGCAAUUAUGCAAGCCAAACUAGCAAGUGUGGGAGAAAGUAGAGAGAAAAAUAUAGCUGGGGUUUAAAAGGAUUUGGCUAGGGACUUAAGUGUUAUCUCAACAUGAUUUAACUCGGUUGUGUUUCGGUUUAGGUAAGUUAAUUGUGAAAAACCUCUUGAAAAUUGUGGAAUCUUGACUGUAGUAAUCAACCGUUAACAUAAUCCUUGUGAACUAAUGCAUUUUCUCGUUAUCUUCUAAU